UGUCGUGUCAAAACUUUUAUAAACAGUAAACAAGUUAGUGCAAUUUCUUGUGCAAGUCAAAUAAUGUCACAGAUUUUAUAAGUUUUUGAACAUUGACGGUCAGUGUUAUAAUAUUUAUCGAAGAUUGAAAUAACAUCUACAUUUUGGCCACCAGUUUGAACCAUCGCAAAGUAUUAAAUGGAAUCCUAAAAUGGAACAGUUCUCGCAUGAUUUAACACUUGCUCUGGAGGAGACAUCUCGGUGUGGCGAAACCAAGCAUCGAUGGGGAAUGCGAAGGCGCACACGGUCAACGGGAAAUUUGCCUUGUGCUCCUCAGCCCACGGAAGAUAGCUCUAGCAGCCCAGCAGAUCAAUUGGAAAUAAAUACUAGCCAAAACUCGCCACAACUCAGUGGAGCCAACAAUCACAUUCAAAGUGAUUCUGAUGAUCGACAUGCCCUUGCUUUUGCAUUCCGAUCGCGACAAACCCCGCACAUGCCAGGGAAUUUCGAAUCGGAUUCAUUCAAUGAAAAUUUCAGUCCUGCAAGACCAAAUAUUCGACGAAAGCGAAAAUUCAAGAGGAUGGCAGUAGGGUAUGAACCAACGCUCUCAACGACUGCUGUUUCAAACAGUUCCAUUUUUCCAGCCAUUGUGAAGAAACGAGCAUUCAAUCAUGAAACCCUCAGAAGCAGCCUAUUUUUCUGUGGAAAAAGGAAGCGAAGUCAUCGUGAUCGAUAUUUUGACUACGAAACAUAUAAACAGCACUCGAGUAGCGUUCCAAGACAAAGAGAUUUAUUUUCUCCAAAAUCUUCAUCAUACCUUGAGGGAAAAACACGCAAUAGAGCUGCAUCUUUCUCCUCUGGUGUCUCGUUGAACAGGAGUAUUAUUUCCAAGAUAGAAAAAAUGUCUCAGACAUCGGAUAGGAACCUGAAACUGUGUUUUCAAUUCUCUACGCCGUCCAGUAAAAAGGUAGAUGUAGUUGACGGAGCCGUGAUGCAACCUAACGAGAGUAGGCUCGAUUCAAUGUGCUGUUCGGACGAAAACGAAAUCACUUCCAAAAGUAUCCAGACAUUUCCUACAGAUAUACCAGCUUUAAUACUGAACACAGACAACACUACCAAGUCGCAAACGCAAACGCUGCAUUCAACGAAACAAAAGACAAAUAGCUUGGAGCCUGUAUGUGAUAUUCAGUCACGUCGUAUGAAAAGCAAACGAACUUCAAAAUCACAUAAAGUUAAACAAAAUCUGAAGCAGGAAAUGAUGCAGGUGCAGUUUGACGACCGGAUGAGUUGUAAUCUAAGCGAUUUGUUGAGCUCAAGUUCAUUGAGUUCAAGUGAUUCAGAAACCGUUAAUACUAACGAAUCUGAUCACGAAGGCGAUGAUGAGCUAACCGAUUGGCCUGGAAACGAAGGGAUGGUUAAUUUCGCUUCCAAAAACGAUUUUAAGCGAGCAAACAAAACUCGUGUAAUGAAACCAUCCCUUCCGCAAAUUAAACAACAGGACGACAUUCAGGAUGAUGAUACUUUGAUGUCUACAGAUGACAACGUUAUUCGUAAACUAACAAGCUACGACGAUAUAGAAGCAACAGCGCAGCCUUCCCAUGGUGGGUUGAAAUAUUCCCCUGGAUCAUCAGAGGAUCUACCAUUGGAUCAACAAAAUUCAGUUAUCACCAUUACUGGACAUCCAUCUACAAGUCGAGUGGAGCUCAAUACCGAAGGUCCCAAUGAUUUCUUUCCGUCUCAAGAUAUGUUCACUGAUAUUCGAGAAAUACGAGCCGGGUGCAGAAGGAUACGCGAGGAACGACCAAGUUUUUCUAUUAUUUCCAGUGCAAAUGAACUUUUAGCAAGGUUUCUUCAAAAUGAUCAACAGCAAGUAUUGACUCUUUUUGAUAUUAAUACAACAGAACAUGAGAAGCUUUUUGGAUUGUCGAAGUUAUAUUCGUUAACGAUGCAACUGAAGAAUGGAUGUGUUAUUCUGAGCAAAACGAGUAACACGAUGCAAUCGGUGCGAGUGGAUCAUACCCAUUUACCUAAGAGCAUUGCUGAUUUCAAACGCCGUUGUUAUGGGGAUACAGAAGAUCUUCAUUUAACAAAUCUACCUGAAUAGACUAAACGGAUCCGGUCCGCUUGUAAAUAAAACCGUAUUGAAUCCUAUUUCUAAGAAAUAAAACAUGUCACAACCUAA